CUCCCUUCAACUCCAAGCCAACAGCCUGAUAGUAGUAACUUGACCUAAAUCUCUAGUUUUGAUACAAAUAAUUUGAUCAAGUCUCAAGAUCUACAUCGUAGCAAUUUGGAUCGAAAACAAUGGCAGGAUGUUGGGCACUACUCGAGAGAUACCAGUUGCAUCUGGCCAUGUUGGCCUUGCAAUUUGGUUACGCAGGAUUCCACGUAGUUUCAAGAUUAGCCUUGAACAUGGGCAUAAGCAAGAUCGUUUUUCCAGUCUAUAGAAACAUUCUCGCCCUUCUCCUCCUCCUUCCCUUCGCAAUUUUCCUCGAAAAGAAAGAAAGGCCGCCCAUCAACAUCUCUUUCCUAAUCCAAUUCUUUCUCCUUGCUGUUGUUGGAAUAACGGCGAAUCAAGGUUUCUACUUGCUGGGAUUAGACCAUACAUCUCCCACCUUUGCUUCUGCUAUUCAGAACUCAGUUCCGGCGAUUACAUUUCUCAUGGCUGUGAUUCUCCGAAUAGAGAAAGUGAGACUCGAUAGAAAAGACGGCAUAUCGAAAGUGAUUGGAACACUUCUUUGUGUGGCUGGUGCCUCUGUUAUCACACUCUAUAAAGGCCCUACAAUUUACAGCCCUUCCCCGUUACCACAUAUUCAAAAUUCCUUGCCAAUUUCAGCAACCAUCAAUAGGUUGCAUGAUUUAGGAGACGCAGCCGAAAAGAAUUGGACAUUAGGCUGCGUGUUCUUAAUCGGGCAUUGUUUUUCGUGGUCGGGCUGGCUAGUAUUCCAAGCUCCCAUUCUUAAGAAAUAUCCAGCCAGACUCUCGUUUACUUCUUACCAAUUGUUCUUCGGGAUAAUACAGUUUCUUAUGAUUGCGUUGUUUUGCGAAAGAGACCCGCAAGCCUGGCGAGUACAUUCUGGCGAAGAGUUGUUCAGCGUUUUUUACGCGGGAGUAGUGGCAUCAGGAAUAGCAUUUGCUGUACAGAUAUGGUGCAUUGACAGAGGUGGUCCAGUUUUCGUUGCCGUUUACCAGCCUGUUCAGACCCUCCUUGUCGCUCUAAUGGCUUCCAUUGCUUUGGGCGAGCAAUUCUAUUUGGGAGGGAUAAUCGGAGCUGUUUUGAUCAUAGUCGGUUUGUACCUUGUGUUGUGGGGUAAGAAUGAAGAAAAGAAGUUAACGGCGUUAAUUACUCGUAACAAAGUUGGGAUUGAGUCAUCUGCGGAACAUAGUAACAUUGCAUAUAUCAGGCCGGCCAUUACUCAUCCAUUGCUUGUCGCGCAAUCCACUCAUGAAGAUGUUGCUUGAAUCUUGAUCGAAUAUCAUUACAUGUUCAAGAAGAAGAUGAAGUUGUUGUGUGUGUAAUGUAUGUAUUUCUAAGAUGGUUUAUUAGGGUUAGUUUGUGCUAUGAAUCAAAUAGACCCCACCAUGGAUCGAUCGAUGCUAAUUAUUUUUAUGUUAAUUUUAUUGAUUAUGAA